AUGGAAGAUAUCAUUACCACGCAGUACCAGCUUAUGCAAAGUAUUGAAAAUAUUUACACCAACUUUAAGAAAGAUGGUGCUGAAAGGAAGACAUACUCUAACAUCCAGAGGCGUAUAUCAACUCUAGAAGCCUACUGGAACGAGUUUAAUGGCAAUCAUAUGCAGCUUAUUGACUAUCAAAACGUUGAUCAUGAAUACUUCAAGCAUAACUGCUAUCAGAAAACUAAUGAUUAUUAUCAAGAACUGGUACAGUACCUGCAUCUGUAUUCUUUAUUUACUGAAAAUCCUUCUGUUCACCAAAUGCCUGAGAAACCGCAGCUUGGCAAGUUACAAAUAUUUGAAACUCUUAUGUUAAGGCCAUCAGCGUCACCUGCUAGGAGAGGUGGUAUCAAAGCGUCGCCAACACCAGCUACCGCCUCAUCGGACAACGACGCCCAUGUAGAUGCUCCUGCGAUACCAGUACCGCAAGCUAGACCACAUCAGAGCUCUCAUUCAAAAGAAAUGAAGAACAGCAGCACCUGUAGCAAAUUAAAUGAAAUGCUUCGCAAACAAAAAAGCAAUUUUAAGGCGUUUUCACGAACGAUCACUAACAUCGACUUCAACAACAUCUCUGAAAAAUGGGAAUUCGAAGACAUUUUAAAGCACAUAGAGUCACGCUGGUCAAAUAUUGACAAUUUGCACUGGGAGAUCGACAGUGAACUGUACGAAGAAGAUAAAGAAUACGAGCGUUCCUUUAACAUUUACGAGCGGGAAUAUAUCGAAAUCAAGAAAGUUUUAAAUCAAAAAAUGUGGUCAGCAUCUUUUAGAACACAAUCAACACCAACUAUGGACAUACCAUUCUUCCACGGGGAUUAUCAUAAAUGGAAUUCGUUUAAAGAUCUAUUUUUAGAAACGAUUCAUAAAAAUCGUUCCAUGUCCAAUGCGCAGAAAAUGCAGUUCUUAAAGAGCAAGGUCAAAGGGGAAGCUGAAAAACUCAUACAGCAUUUAAACGUCAGUACAGAGAACUAUCAAAUUUGUUGGGAUAUUCUGAAUCACAGAUAUAACAACAAAAAGUUAAUAUUCAGCUCUCAUAUCAACAUGUUAUUGAAUUUACCAACAAUGUCACUUCAAACUGCAGCAAUUAUAAAGAAAAUUCACGAUACUGCAAAUGAAUGCUUGAAUGCCAUAAAGUCGCUUGGAGUCGACAUCACUACGUGGGACCCGCUAGUGGUUCAUAUACUCUCUCAAAAACUUGACCAAGAGACACAUAAGGAUUACAUAGAGUCUUUAAAAAACCCGAGAGAAUUACCUACAUUGGCCGAAUUUUUCGAGUUCUUAGAAAUGAAAUUUACCUCACUAGAAGCUUCGAAACGAAAACAAGAUAGUAUUGCGCAAAAAUCAACCUCGCAGUAUUCUUCAUUUAAUACAAAGAAACCGAAUCAGCAAAAUAAUUAUAAUUACAAUAAAUAUUCAACUAACAACGCAUAUCAACCGAACAAACAUAUUUCUAAAUCGUUACUUGUUUCGUCAGCAUUACAAUGCCCCCAAUGCAAAGGGAAACACGGCAUUUUCAACUGUAAAGAAUUUUUAGAAAUGUCAAAUGACAUGAAGUUAAAGACUGUCUAUGGCCUACGACUAUGCACUAACUGUUUAUAUGAUCACAAGGGAAACAAAUGCAUCUCAACAAAGACAUGUAAUAAAUGUACAGAAAUGCAUAACACCUUACUGCAUGACGCAUUCAGUUAUUCUUCACACACAGAAGCCAGCCACUCGGACAGAGUUAACGUAUCACAGCAGAAAGCAGCGGAAAUCCUUCUUGCAACAGCACUAAUAAAAGUAACAGCUGCAGAUGGUACGCAGCACACCAUGCGAGCGCUUAUUGAUCAAGGAUCGCAGAUAUCUCUCAUCACUGAGAAUGCAGCGCAGCGACUGCGAUUGCCCCGUCGUCGUUGCAAAGGCGUAGUAUUUGGACUAGGUUCUCAAGGUAAUAAUAGCAAGGGUUCUAUACAAAUAACAGCAUCAGCAAUAAACAGCGAAUUCACGUUCAAUAUGAAAGUAAUAAUAAUGAAUAGUCUUAUCAGUAAUCUUCCGAAUCAAUCAUUCCCUAAACCAACGUGGCCGCAUAUAGAGCACAUUCAAUUAUCGGACCCCGAGUUUUAUAUCAGUAAACCGGUAGAUCUGUUACUAGGUGCUGACAUUUAUUCCCUUAUCAUGAUGGGAGGAAUUAUUAAGGGAGAUAACGAAUCCCAGCCCAUUGCGCAACAAACGCAACUUGGUUGGUUAUUAUGUGGUAACGUUAAAACCUAUCAAUGUAACGUGAUAUCAACUAACACAGAAGAUAUACAAAGAUUCUGGUCAAUCGAAGACAUCGCGGAUACUUCUGAAAACACUUCAUUAGAAGCCCAUCAUUGUGUUAAGCAGUAUAAUGAACAAACGACACGUCAAUCAGACGGUCGAUACAUCGUAAGACUCCCUAUGAAACCAGACGCCAUGGAGAAAUUAGGAGAGUCUAAGCAGAGAGCAACAGCACAGUUUCUUCGGUUAGAAAAAAAGCUCACAAGAAACGAAAAAUUAUCACACGAUUACUCAGCCUUCAUUGACGAGUAUAUUACAUUGGGUCAUAUGCAAAAGGUAAACAAAAUUGACGGUAAUCCGAAACCGUCGUAUUAUUUACCGCACCAUUGUGUCAUUCGCCCCGACUCCGCUACUACAACGUUGCGAGUCGUUUUCAAUGCGUCAUCACCCACGUCAUCAGGACUUAGUCUUAACGACUUAAUGUAUAGCGGCCCCAACUUGCAGAAAGAUUUAUUAUCUUUGAUUUUAAAAUGGAGAUUGUACGAGAUCGCAUUUACGGCAGAUAUUGAAAAAAUGUUCAGACAGAUCAAAUUACAUCCUGAAGAUCAAAAUUUACACAAAAUUAUCUGGAGAGAACCGACCAAACAACAAACUCGAUACUACAGCGAUAAUAGCCCUCUACUUGAAUAUAAAUUAUCAACCGUUACUUACGGUACUAAGGCUGCUCCUUUUCUUGCUAUGAUGACGCUGAAACAACUAGCGAAAGAUGAAGGUCAUAAAUACUAG